UGGUUGCAAGCCGCCCAAAAAAAAACUCCAAAGAAGAAGAAGGCGAAGACUUGCUGCUUCUCAGUUCACCCUCGCACGCGUCCGUUUCUAUUCAAGAUGUCUGGAAGAGAAGGCGGUAAGAAGAAACCCCUGAAGGCUCCCAAGAAACAAAGCAAGGAGAUGGACGAUGAUGAGAUGGCUUUCAAGCAGAAGCAGAAGGAGGACCAGAAAGCGAUGGAUGCGAUGAAAGCCAAAGCAGCAGGAAAAGGACCCUUAGGUGGCAGUGGAAUCAAGAAGUCUGGAAAGAAGUGAAUGAGAAAUGUUUUUUCCCUUCAUUUGGGAACUGUUAUGUGAAAAAUGCAAUUUGAUUCUGCUGUGGGGCCACAAAUGCAAAUAUACACACUUUGUUUUUGUUUUUUUUAAAUCCUCCUGUGGGGAUAAGAGGAAAAACACAUAAAUAAAGUUUUUCUAUGUAACUUGUGGGGAAUCACACACUUUUUAUUACAUAAAGAAAGAUGUACAAAACAAAUACAUAACAUUGCAGAUUUUAAAAUCUUCUUUUUAAUUUUAAAAAUUGCAUCAAUGCAUUUGCUUUUAGAAAAUUGGUUCCUUUUCUCCAAGUCUUCAACCAGUGGUGGUGAUUUAUUUAUUUAUUUUUUUCAUCUUCCUGGUGACAUCUAUUUGCUGGUUAUGGCAGAGGCUAAAGCAAGAAGGUUUUUUUUUUUUGGUAGGUUAAAGUGAUUCCUAUGUAUUUGAUCACAGUAGGUAAUAUGGAUGUACAAAAUAAAGAAUUAUACUUACUUUGA